AUGGAAGUAGUUCAAACGAGCAGUGUUAAAAUCCCCAAUGCAGUUAUAAUUAGUGGAAUAACCGGCACAGAAUCUGACGAACACGUCUAUGACUUUCUUAAGCAGUAUGGGUCUAUUCAUAGGAUAAUUCCAGUAGAUUCCUCUGAGUCAGAGACCGACAAGCAAGUCAUAGUAGAAUAUGCAUAUGGCACAGCUGUGCAGUCCCUUUCAUCCAUUUUACCUCACAAGCUUCACCAAUUCCAUGCUAGAACCCAAGCUAACACCACUUACCUUAUUAGAACUUUAGCCAGUGCUUACACACCUGUAGUCAGCAAAUCAGUUACUCAGACUUACCUCUCAGAGCUAAAGGAAUUAGCAAAACUGACUGGAAGAGAUUUAACGACUAUCCUAAAAGAAGAGCUUUCCAUCAUCAGUGAAGCUGUUGACCUGGAUAACCCAAUGAAGUCCAACUCACCUAACACUCAAGAGCACGAUAUUACAGAAGCUACUGCUCAAGUUAGUCCUCCGUCCAGUACAGUUCGAGAGCCAUUUGUUCAGCCAGAUCAUAACUGGUCUCCACCACUGGUUUCUUCUGAAAGGAGAACACAGCCUGCAUUGAAACUUUCUGACGUCAGUCCACCUGAAGUACAGCGAGUGAUUGUUGAACACAUAGUUAGAAACGAAGAAUCUGCUAUGCAAUUUCAUGCACCCCUACGACUCAGACCCUUCUCAGGGCGCUGCCCUCACCCCAACAAUGAAGUGAAUUAUGAGACAUGGCGUGCCAAUGUGGAAUUGCUUCUCAAAGAUACAAAACAGCCAGAUUUAUACAAAUCUCGCAAACUCCUUGAAAGCCUUUCAUCGCCCGCCAUUGACAUAGUGAAGCACCUGACACCUGAAUCUCCCCCAGGCAUGUACUUGGAGAUUCUAGAUUCUGCCUUUGGUACUGUUGAAGAUGGAGACGAUUCCUUUGCAAAGUACCUUAAUACUGUGCAAGAUAAUGGUGAGAAGCCUUCAGCUUACCUUCAAAGACUGCAAGUGAUGCUGAACACUGCCUUCAGGAGGGGAGGUGUGUCUGCAAGCGAUCUUGAUCGACAACUUUUAAAACAGUUUAUUAGAGGUUGUUGGGACAACAUCUUAAUAUCUGAACUGCAGCUAGAACAGAAGAAGCAGAACCCACCUACCUUUGCAGAACUUCUCCUGUUGCUCCGCACGGCAGAAGACAAAAGGACCUCCAAAGCAUCGCGUAUGAAGCAGUACUUCAGUGCCUCAAAGCAGAAAGUGUCAUCUCAUUAUCAAGGUGUUUAUUUCCAGUAUGAGGAGGAAUGCAUCCCAUCACAGUCUACUUCUCAUUCCAAGAAUGAAGUUCAAGACCUAAAGAGACAGAUAGCUGACUUACAAUCCCAGCUCACGCGGAUCACGCAGAGAGAUAGUCAAAAAACAUGUAAACCAGCUGCCAAGCCUGUAACUCCCAAGCCAGCCAUUGCAAAGUCUGCUGCUGAUGCUCCUUUACCACAGAAGUCACAGUCACACAGUCGAGAUGCAAAUACCCACAGAAGCAAUAGGCCGAAACCGUGGUAUUGCUUCAGAUGUGGAGAGGAUGGGCACAUCAAACCCCAGUGUGAAGCUGAGCCAAACCCCUCUCUGGUAGCUUCAAAAAGAGAGCAGCUUAGAGAAAAGCAGCUAUCAUGGGACAUUGAGAAUGAGAACCUGUCUCAUCUGCCGAUUGAAUCAUUAAACAACUUGCUUGAAAUAGAAGGAGCUAAUGGUCAAGAAGUCCCUUACAUUGGGUAUGUUGAGACGACGAUCAAGUUCCCUAGGAGUUUGUUGGGAAAAGACAUUGAAGUUCCCACAUUAGCCCUGAUUGUGCCUGAUAUGCGUUCCACUCUGUCAUCAGUUCUAAUAGGUACCAACACUCUGGAUGCCCUUUAUGAACAAUAUGCAGACACUGCGCCUCAAGACAAUGAUUUAUUACCCUAUGGCUGCAAAGUUGUCUUGAAGACUCUUGAAGUCAGGAAAAGAUGGUCUGUCGAUUCCAGUCUGGGAGAGGUGAGACUACACAGCAGUAGGUCUGAGACAAUUGCAGCUGGUCAGACCCAAGUCCUUAAAGGAACAGUGAAUUACAGGACACCCAAUGCAGGAAGAUGGGUGAUGGUAGAAUCGCCAAAAUCAGCUCCCUUGCCAGGUGGCAUGCUGGUAACAGAUAGCAUAGCAAAUCUACCUACUAAGCUGUCGCGCUGCAUACCAGUCAUUCUGAAAAAUGAGUCAAACCACGACAUUACCUUGUCUCCAAAGGCAGUGAUUGGAGAGAUUCAUGCCAUAAAGAGUGUUCAGUCCAUCGAAUCUUCCACAUCAGACUCCCAAACAAAACCUGAUCACAAACCAAACCUCAGUUUUGACUUUGGAAACUCUCCAGUACCCAGUGAGUGGAAAGAGAGAAUAAUUAAAAGAUUGAACUCCAUGCCAGAAGUGUUUGCACAGCAUGAGCUUGAUUUUGGUCGUACUGACAAAGUUAAACAUCGUAUAAACCUCAACGAUAAAACACCCUUCAAGCAUAGAGCGAGGCCCGUACACCCUCAAGACAUAGAAGCUGUGCGUAACCAUCUUCAUCAACUUCUUGAUGCAGAAAUCAUCCGUGAAUCUGAAUCCCCUUUUUCUUCACCGAUUGUAGUCGUCAGGAAAAAGAAUGGUGAUGUCAGACUGUGCAUUGACUACAGAAAACUGAAUCUUCAAACAGUAAAAGACUCCUAUGCUCUGCCCAAUUUAGAAGAAUCUUUCUCUGCACUGACUGGAUCCAAAUGGUUCUCAGUGAUGGAUCUGAAAUCUGGCUUUUAUCAAAUUGAAAUGGAGGAAGCAGACAAACACAAAACAGCCUUUGUUUGCCCACUAGGGUUCUUCGAGUUCAACAGGAUGCCUCAAGGGAUAACAAAUGCCCCAAGUACAUUCCAGAGGCUCAUGGAACGCUGCAUAGGAGAGUUGAACCUGAAACAAGCACUAGUUUUCCUGGACGAUCUCAUUGUUUUCUCCUCAACGCUUGAAGAGCAUGAAGAGCGGUUGCUGCGAGUGCUAAACAGACUGAAAGAGUAUGGCCUUAAGCUCUCACCAGAAAAAUGCAAGUUCUUUCAGACAUCUGUGAAGUACUUAGGCCACAUUGUGUCUACAAAGGGCAUUGAAACAGACCCGGAGAAGAUAGCAGCUUUAAAAACCUGGCCAAAACCAAACAAUUUGAAAGAGUUAAGAACAUUUCUGGGAUUCUGUGGCUACUAUCGCCGAUUCAUCAAGGGCUAUUCAAAGAUGGUGAAGCCACUCAAUGAACUUACUGCAGGAUAUCCACCUCUGAGAAAACGUAUUAGUGCCGCAGGUAAAGCUAAGAGAUACCACAACCCUAAGGACCUCUUUGGCGACCGAUGGACCCCCGCGUGCCAAGCAGCAUUUGACACGCUGAUUGAGAAGCUGACGGAUGCUCCCAUCCUUGGAUUUGCUGACCCCAAGUUACCCUACAUCUUGCACACAGAUGCAAGCACCUCAGGCCUCGGAGCAGCUCUUUACCAGGAACAACAAGGUCAGAAAAGGGUCAUUGCUUAUGCAAGCCGAGGAUUGUCAAAGUGUGAAAGCAAAUACCCCGCCCAUAAAUUAGAGUUCCUCGCUCUUAAAUGGGCCAUAACAGAAAAAUUCCAGGAUUACUUGUAUGGGAGCUCAUUCCUUGUUGUCACAGACAGUAAUCCAUUAACAUAUAUCCUUACAUCUGCUAAGCUUGAUGCCACGAGCUACAGAUGGUUAGCUGCUCUGUCGACGUUUGACUUCCAACUGCAAUACAGAGCCGGAAAACAAAAUCAGGAUGCAGAUGGGCUGUCUAGAAGACCACACAGCAGAUUACCUGAUGAUGCUUUGUCACAAAAAGAAGUGGAAAGAAUACAGCAGUUUACAAAGAGGCACUUGGGAUCUGAACAUGUGACUAUGAAUGAAAACACUGUCAAAGCUAUCUGUGACAAGCACAUAGUUCACCUAGUGAUCAAUAAUCCUCCUGCCGAGACAUCGCCCAAACCCACUCUUGUUGUGUCCCUUGCCCACCAUCCGAAGGCUCUUCCUGAAAGCUUUGAAGAAGAGGAUCAGUUUGGUGGUUUACCUGUCAUAGCUCCAUUUGCACCAGAAGACAUAAGAGAAAGACAAAGGGCAGACACCUGUAUCUGUGAGAUACUCAGACAAAUGGAAACAGGGGAAACAGUUUCACCAUCCCUCCGAAAAGAAAUCCCUGAGUUAGGUCUCUUAUUAAGGGAAUGGAGUAAACUCAAAAUCCUAAAUGGUAUCCUGUACCGAAAACGACAAGAAGGUAUUCAAACUUACCACCAACUUGUGCUGCCUGAAACUUUGAGACCCCUUGUUCUGAAAAGCCUGCAUGAUGAUAUGGGCCACAUGGGUGUGGAACGAACUCUAGACCUUGUUCGCAAACGUUUUUAUUGGCCUAAGAUGUCAGCCGAUGUGGAAAGCAGGAUCAAAACAUGUCACCGCUGUGUACGACGCAAGUCUUUGCCUGAGAAAGCUGCACCACUUGUUAAUAUCACAGCUACAAGACCACUCGAGCUCGUAUGCAUGGACUUCCUCUCAGUGGAGCCAGGUUCCAACAACAUCAAAGACAUUCUGGUCAUUACCGACCACUUCACUAAGUAUGCAGUAGCUGUCCCCACCCCAAACCAAAAGGCUCGAACAGUAGCUAAGUGCUUGUGGGACCACUUCUUUGUCCACUAUGGCAUCCCUGAGAAGCUCCUUAGUGACCAAGGGCCUGACUUUGAGUCCCGGAUCAUAAAAGAGUUGUGUGAGCUCAUUGGUACGCAGAAAGUGAGAACCACACCAUAUCAUCCAAGAGGAAAUCCUGUUGAGCGUUUCAACAGAACUCUACUGAACAUGCUUGGAACCCUUGAGAAUCGAAAGAAAAAUCAGUGGCGGAACUAUGUCAAACCAUUAGUUCACGCUUAUAAUUGUACCAAAAAUGAAGUGACUGGUUUUACCCCUUAUGAGUUGAUGUUUGGGCGACAACCAAGAUUGCCCAUCGACUUAGCCCUUGGCUUACCUAUAAAUCAUCAGCCAGGAUCCCACUCCCAGUAUGUUAACAACUUGAGGUCCCAGUUACAGGAGAGUUACAGGUUAGCUACAGAGAGUGCAAAGAAGACAGCAGAUCGCAACAGAAUGAGAUUCGACAAACACGUAGUCAAUUCCACUUUGAAGGAAGGAGAUAGAGUCUUGGUCAGGAACGUCCGCAUUCGAGUGAGACCUGAAAAUAGAGAAGGCCCACAAAGAACCCUUCAUCGUGAUCUCCUGCUGCCGUGUGGUUUCCUUCCUAUGACUCAAGUGGAAGACGAAGCUGAUAAUACAAAGGUAGCAAGAAGGCCAAGAACUCGACGAUAUCCAAACAGUGACCUAUCUGGUGAAACUGAUGAGGAUGAUCCUCAGUCUGACCUCGAAGGAUGUUAUGUUGAUGGUCCCAGAAACAUAACAGUGGAAACCGUGGGUACAGAUAAUAUCUCAUCUAUUGUGAAGUAUUUACCAGGGAAAAGAGAUUCAGUUCCUUCCGCUGCGUUGACCGCGGCUGGGCACUCUCCUUCUGAUGUAACUAAAGCUUUUCCUAAUGAUCCAGUACAGGUUUAUAACCCAAACUUACCUGAUCUUGGAGAGAGAAACUUACCUGAUGCUGAAGAAAGAAAUCUACCUGAUCCUCAAGAGAGAAACUUACCUGAUCCUGGAGAGAGAAACUUAUAUGAUCUUGAAGAGAGAAACUUACCUGAUCCUGGAGAUAGAAACCUACUUGAUGAAACCCACAAGAGAGAAACUUACCUGAUCCUGAGAGAAAAGGAAAGCCUACCUAGUCCUGUGGAGGAUAACUUACCUGUAGGACAGAGAUCUGACAUACCUGAAAGAGAAGUGAAUAGCAUCAAUUGUCCUGCACAAGCUUCAGAAAGAGGUGAAGAUAUAGGUGUCAUGGACCAAACUGAAGCAGAAACGGGAAUGAGAUGCCUUAGAAGAUCAACUAGAAACAGGAAAGUGACUCAACAGUUAACUUACCCGGAGUUAGGGAAUCCACUAGUUACAAUAGUCCAGUCCCUUUUCCAGAGUCUGAGUGAAGCACUUGAAAACUCCCUAGUACAAUUCAGUUACCCAGAACCUUGCAGAGUUCAGACAGUGUAG